CUGGACGAGGGGAAUGUCGUACUGUCUCCACUCAGAGAGCUAUGUGGAUGCUGGGCCAAUAUACGUGCGUGAAAACGGGGAGCUGCACGUGGUAAAGCCGGGUGCGGGCGGCAUCCAGAAUGUCACUCCCAAGACGAGGCCUUUUAGGCUGUUUCCCAGAGGAUUUUCGGUGGAGCUUUGUAUGAACAGGGAGGACGACAGGGCAAGGAGGCAGAGGACUGAUCACUUCAUCUUCACGUACACCAAGGAGGGGAACCUCCGGUACUCGGCCAAGUCUCUCUUCAGCCUGGUGCUGGGUUACAUUUCUGACAACGUUGAUCACAUUGACUCGUUGAUUGGCUUCCCAGAGCAGAUUGCUGAAAAGCUCUUUUCUGCUGCAGAAGCAAGACAGAAGUUCACAGAGCCGGUGACGGGACUGAGAGCUCUGCAGAAGUUUACUGAAGCAUAUGGCAGUUUGGUGCUAUGCUCAUUAUGCUUGAGGAACAGAUACUUGGUUAUCUCUGAAAAGCUAGAAGAAAUUAAAUCUUUCCGGGAGCUGACGUGUUUGGAUCUCUCCUGUUGCAAACUUGGAGAUGAACAUGAACUGCUGGAACACCUCACCAAAGAGGCUCUGUCUAGUGUAAAACGACUUCUCCUGAAAGACAACUCCUUGUCAGACACAGGCCUCCGCAGGAUGACAGCACCAGUACGAGUGCUGAAAAAGGGACUUGAGAAUCUUCUGGUGUUAGACUUGUCUUGUAACCCUAAAAUCACAGAUGCUGGAAUCCGCUAUCUUCUUUCUUUUAAGAAAUUGAAUUGUUUGGACAUUUCUGGGACAGGUCUUAAGGAUGUUAAUGCUGUCAUUAAGAGGAUCCAAACACAGCUAGGCCUGGUUCUCUCCAAAGUGCCUCUGAAAGAAUUUGAUCAUAGUAACUGCAAAACAGAGGGAUGGGCAGAACAGACAGUUCUGCAGUGGGAGCAGGCAGUCAUGGAGGCCACCAAGCCACAGGACAACGUGAGCUCCAGCACAGCAGCUCUGCACUUCUAUGGCAAGACACACAGAAUAGAGGAGGUAGUCAAAUGCAAGCUGGUGGAGACAGAAACAAAUGCAUCUGGAAACCUGCAGUUUUAUAAGGAAAAAGUUCAAAAUUGCCUUUUACCUUUGAAAAAGGAGGUUGUGGACAGCCACGAAUUAAAGAACCGUAAAAAAAGAUCUUUGGCCGAACCAGAGAGAGAAAGGACUUCCAAACAGAAGCAUCUGUGCCUCACUGUGGAGGACUGGGAUUUAUUAAAUACCUACUGA